UGCUUUCUAAAUCUUAGGUUGUUCAUUUUACAUUAUUUUUAGUUUCAUUAGACAUACUGUACUUUAUUUUCUGGGCUUCCCCUGUGGCAUUAACAGUCAGGGAAUGUAAACUAACAUCAACAGAUCAUAAACUGUCAGUAAAAGUAAUACUUAAUCAUUAAUACUAUUCCAGAGGUUCCAAAAGGACAAGAAGUUUGCAAUCUAUAGGAUCUUGGGAGAUAAUAAAUGGUAGUGUGUGAAUUCUGACUCAGAACCGUGAGACAACUAAAUUCAUGGGAUUUCAACACAAGCUGUCUGAGGUAACCACAGCCUACUCAGGGUGUCUUCUACGGGUGUGUUGUCACGGUGGACGCUGGAGCCCGAAAGGUGCCACAAUAAACCCGCUUGCCCAUUAGCCAUUUAUAAAACAAACCAAGGUUUCUUCCGCUUCCGGCAGUCAGGCGCCCAGCCCUCCAAUUCUCUGUUAACAAAGGGCAAGUUCCUCGGAACACCAGCCCAUAGACUUGAAGUCAGUUUGGGACCGUGGAUCUACUGCUUUUCUGGGAGACGAAGCAAGCGGGACCAACAUUAAGAACAACACUUCUCAAGAGUCUUCAGUUUUCCCGGACGCCAGGGCACUUCACCUGCAGCGCUUCAUUGAUCUCGCGAGACGAUGGGUCCUCGGAAGGUACAAACUUCCCCCUUUGCUACUGCCGAGACUUUGCUGUCAGGUUAAAUUCCAGAGUACGGAAGUAGCGGAAGUGGUGCCGCCUCUAAUUUUUCGGAGGACAACCGCCCUUCUGCACGGAAAGCUAGGCCUCCGACCGCAAUGGAAGGGCAGCAGGGGCAACAAAGCCACGCGACCCUAACACUCGCCCACGAUUAUUUCAAGAAGUGUGAAUACGUGGAAGCAGAGGCGCUCUACUCCGCUUAUAUUCGCCAGUGCGUCUGUGCAACCUCGGCGGGAGCGGCGUUCGGGAGCCCUGAGGAUUUGGCUAUUGCAUAUAACAACAGGGGGCAAAUCAAGUACUUCAGAGUUGAUUUUUAUGAAGCCAUGGAUGACUACGCAUCUGCCAUAGAAGUCCAACCCAAUUUUGAAGUUCCAUAUUACAACAGAGGGUUGAUAUUGUAUAGGCUGGGAUACUUUGAUGAUGCUUUGGAAGAGUUCAAGAAGGUAUUAGACUUAAAUCCUGGAUUUCAAGAUGCUACUUUGAGCCUAAAACAGACUAUUCUAGACAAAGAAGAAAAACAAAGAAGACAUUAUUGAAAAAAAUUAUUGGAAGUUUUAACUUAUUUUUUGAAAUAUUAACUAAUCGUCCUUACACCUGGCAUCUCAUUGCAUCUAAUUUCAAGGAGGUAUUGAGCUGUUUUGAUUUAUGUUUAAGAUAAAGAGACUGUAGUUAAUUUCAGAUUGAGUAACUAUGUAGAAUAUGUGUGCCUGUUAUAAAGUGUAAAUAAGUAAUAUCAGUGUAUAAUUGUAUACUCUUAUAGUAAAAUUCUUAAAGAAAUGUAUGGCAUUUUCUUCAGUGAAACUUUUUUUUUUUUGCCAUUUUUUAUUCCCAACUUUCAUUUAAAGAAUUUUACAUCUGCAGAAAAGUUGAAGCAUACUAGAAUGAAACACCUAUAAACACUUGACUUAGAUUCACCAGUUGUUAACAUUGUACCACAUUUACUUUCUCUAUAUUUAAAUAUGUAACUUGUUACUGAACCAUUUGAAAGUAAGUUGCAGAUAACACAAUUCUUUACCCCUAAAUAUUUCAGCUAGCAUUUUCUAAGAAUAGAGACACCCUCCUUUAUAGCCACAGUACCAUUAUAAUACCUAAUAAAAUUAUUGAUUCCAUAAUAUCAUCCAUACUCAGCCCAUAUUUGAAUUUACCCUGUUGUUUCCAAAAUGUCUUGCUUAAAUUUUUAUUUCUGGAUUUGGAGUCAGUCAAGUUACAUUGCAUUUCAUUGUUACGUCUGUUUGAGUUCUUUUAAUCUAAGAAAGUCCCCUGCUCAUUUUCUUCCCAUGGCAUUUGCUUUGAGAGCAAAGCUAUUUCAUAGAGGUAAGCUAGGGAGACAUAACAUUUGGGCCUAAAAGUAAACACAUGUCCUAGAUGAGAGGACUUAGAAAGAAUUCAGCUUCUUGAUUUUGUCUAGAAAUCACUGAUAAGAUAGCUUAAGAUUUCAAUACUGAACACAGUUUCUUUCUCUGGAUAAUGACAAUAAGGAUUGUUGUCAUCAACAUUUAGUUGAUGGCACAGUAACUUCUGUGGCCCAAGAAGCAAUCACCAUCAUCAGCCUUCAAAGUUAUUUUCUGUGUUUUAGUGAUCUCAUGAAGCAGAAGAAAUAAUCUCCCAGUUUGUAGUUCAUAAAUAAUAUCUGGCAACAUGCAGGAAGAAUUUGGGCUGCAGGUGAAUGAAUAUUAAAAGGUAAUGAAGUUUGAAAGGAAACUCAAAGUCUCUGUGUUUCUGGAACUAUUCACAUUUUCCAAGAUGACUUAUCUUUGUUGGAAAUGUCUUUAAAAGAAUUUAUAAAGUUGCAUUAAAAUGUAGAAAAAUCUCCCUUAAGAAAAAUUGUAUUUAAAAAACCAGGUCCCACGACCUUGAGAAAGCUUAAAGACGUCCUACCCAGAAUAUCAAACACUUAAAAUAAGCUUCAAUAACUUUAUUUUCUCUUGGCUCAUAUUCUCUUCCUUACUCUUGACUGGGAUCAGAUGUAAUAUGAAAGAAAAACUUGUUAAAAA